UUUUUUCGGUAUAUCCUGAAAAUCUUAUCCCAAGAAGAAUCAUGCUAGUUGGAAACAUCAUUAUUAUUUUAUGACUUCUCAUAAUUUGCAUAUGACGUUUUUCUGACAGAGACCCUGGGAUUUCACUUUGCGAACUACAAGAGCACAGCAUAACAAAAGCUUCGCCAUGGGCUGUUCUUGUUCAAAGUCGAGGAAGGUGGACGUAGUACAUGGACGACGUCCGGUGAGGAGACUUUCGAGCAAAGAUGGCAGACAAGCUGCACUGACAGGAGCGCAAGACCAACGACUCACAGGCGACAAAGGUCCUCAGAACCGACCAGGUCUUUCGGUGCAAAACUUCGCGAGAGCUGACACCAUAGCUGUAGAAGAGAAAACCCCGGCACGCCUUACAAAGAAAGACCUCAUCCCGGACGUCGAAGUGUUCAAAGACUUGGACAAACGUGCAGUUCAGGCUCCCGAGGGCCAUGCUACCAUCAAGGACCUUGUCAUGUACCUAAUCGAGCCUGCCACAACGCCACUGGAAAAAGCGCGGAUCCUGUUCCGUUGGGUGACGUCACAUAUCCAAUAUGCCGUUGACUCUUACGUCACGGGUAGCUCCAAGUCGAAAUCCACCGCUCCAGUGGCGGUGUUUCAGCAUCGGAUGUCCGUAUGCCAGGGGUACUCGGACCUGUAUAGGGAAAUGUGCAGAUUGGCUAAAGUAGAGUGCGUCACCAUCAGUGGCCGUUCCAAAGGUGGGUCUUACCGGGUAGGCGAUAAGUUCGGCCCUGAUUCCGACCAUGCGUGGAACGCAGUGGAGAUAGACGGGAGGUGGUACCUGCUGGACUGCACCUGGGCCGCCGGAAACACUGACCUUCAGAAGAAAACCUUUGAGUUUAAGUACAAAGAACACUACUUUUUCACUGACCCGGAAGUGUUUAUUAUGAACCAUCAUCCAAUGGACAACAAAUGGCAACUGUUAGAAGAGCCAGUGUCCCUUGUGGGUUUUGAAAACCAGGUGCACCUGAAGUCCUCAUUUUUCAGCCUUGGCCUUUUGCCUAAGUUUCUGAGUCACACCAUGAGCCCAGUUUGUACCCAAAAUGGCGAAGCGACCAUUUCUAUCAAACUUCCUGAACCAAUGUCCUUCAUAUACCAUUUGUUUCCGUAUGAAGGUGGAUAUGCUCAAGAUGAAAACGUCCUGCACAAAAUCGCUAAAAACAUGGCCAUUUUCAAAGUGGCACCAGCUCAAAAGGGAAGGUUCGUGUUGCAAAUAUAUGGCAAACGUGGAACUGCCACCGGGCAAUAUAGUGAAAUCUGCUCGUACUUGAUUGACAAUGCAGGUCCAAAGGACCUGCCGUUUCCGCCCGUGGGAACCUCUACAUGGGGUCCAGGUCCAUGGCUCCUUGACGGGUUCGUUUCAGAUGUCAGUCAUCCGAGGGCCAUAGUUACACUCCCAGAAGGCGAGGCUAAGAUAACCUUCAAUUCUGUAAAACUCCUCCAAUAUAUGUGUGAUAUUGAGGACGAUGGUCAGAAGUGGGAUAACUAUGCAUUUCCCCAAGUAAAUGGCCAGACAACCAGUGUCUUCGUUAGAGCCCCUAAACCUGGUCAGUUCAUUCUCACAAUCAGGGCAAAAAAGGAAGAUGACAAAGAGUACAGGAAAUGUAUGCAUUAUCUCCUGAGAUGCACUAAAUGUAAAUCCCACGUUUCUCCUUACCCCAAGACAUUCGGUACUUGGACGAACGGUUGCCGUCUGUACGAACCAUUGGAUGGUCGCCUUGCCGCAAAUCGACGCGUUAACUUCCGGGUCUGCUGCCCACAUGCGGUAGAAGUUGUCGUAAUUGCCGCCGGCAAUUUUCACAAACUUGCCAGAAAUGCAGACGGCUCAUGGAAAGGCAAUGUAGGCACCGGAGUGCAAGAUAGUGUUAUCCAAGUGGCGACAAAGAAACCAGGUGGCAAAAUUUACUCCAUAUUGCUCCAGUAUGAAGUCGUGGGAUAGCUUUUGCAUUCACUUACAUGUAUAUAUAAAAUUUAUGUAUAUGUAGUUGCCUCCAGACAUUCAAACUACCAUCUUACAGAUGUUCGUUGCAAUGUUGUGUCAUCCUAAUAGUUUGUAAACAUAAUGUUAUGGCAUUGUUAUGAAGAAAGAAUGAAUGUACAUUAAGGACGUUUCGACGAAUACAAAGACUGAUGUGGAUGAUGAUGACCUUAAUGAUACAUGUAAAAUUAUAUCCCCUAUGAAUGAAUGAUGCGGAAAAAAUGUUAUUAUGUUUGCGAAAUGCCCAUCUUCCUCAAGUCAGCCUGACAGGAGCUGGGGAAGAGAGAACGCCGGGUUAGUGCCGAACUGCGCCCCGCCAGUCAGCCUGACAGGAGCUGUGGUGGAGAGAACGCCGGUUUAGUGCAGACCUGCGACCCGCCCCGAACUGCGCCCCGCCGAUCAGCAUGACAGGAGCUGGUAAACUGGAAGAAGGGCACAUCACAUGUUACGUCACCGCGGCAAAAAUUACUGAGAAAACAGAAACAUCUCGAGUUCACGAGGGUUAAAAGAUCUCUUACUAGCGUACAGGCUGUCCGACAACCUGAAGUGCAAAAACAAACACUUUCAGAAAGGAUAUCACAGUCAACUUGGAAUCACCGCUGCAAAUUGUUGACUACUGCCCGAGUAUUGAAGUCUUUGAGCCUGGUCCAACCACUUUCCGGGCUGUUGACUGCUCCACAAAUUGCAAAAAUGCUGGCCUAGCACAGAAAACCAUGGCAAAAUUGUACGGUAAAACAGACAAGCAACACUGCUAAAACGAGAGCAGCCCAAUCAGGCAACUCUACCCGAAACAUGGCGCCUCGGCACACACAGAAAAACACUGACCACCACUUUGACGACUGCCCAAAGUUUCCAAAAAAUGGCUUAACUCACCCACAGCGGUGUCAGUAAUAAGUUUAACCACUACUGUCGUCAGGGGAGGAAUGUCAGGUGCUCCUCCAGGCCCUCGGUGAUCAGUUCAGUGUUGUUCUGCUCCAUUAGGCUCCUUGCGCGAGAAAACAAGGAUUACGGCAGUCCUGGUGGUGAUACAGCCUUGUCUGAAUACCUAACUCAUGCGAAA